AUUUUUGAUACAGAUGACACCUUGGAGCAUAGGGUGAAGCGGUCUCCAGAUCUUGAUAUCAAUCUCAUACGAAAGAUUUUGCGGAUACUAGCCAACAAUCCCUAUGUGGACAUAUUUAAGAGCAUCGGUUCUGUUCCAAACCUGGCAGAGUAUAGGAUUUCUUUAAACACAGAUAUAAAACUGGAUCAGCGAAGGUACAAUGCUCCUACAACUUCUCAGGUGGCUACGAUGUGGGUUGAAGGGAGUGACCCACAGAACACCUUUGAUAGAAGUGUUAUUGUGUAUGGAAAAGGGGACCGUCCUGUAUAUAUCAGAGCAUACUAUGGAUGCUAUGAUCCUUUGGCGUAUCCAUUAUUUUUUCCCCGCGGGGAGACAGGAUGGAACCGUUUCAUGCCGUAUGAUGGACUAGCUACUGUUCAAACAAACCGUGAGGAUGACACCGGUGAGGUACCGCCUUCUCUUCCUCAGGCUAACGAGGAUGACACACAUGAUGAAGGAUGUGAGGUUCCAGCAGAUGACAACGAGAGCCAGGAUGAAGAUGGGGUUGUGGAGUCCAGGAAAUUUGUCAGCGCACGCGAGUACUAUUGUUUCAAGCUACAGGUUAGGAAAGGACUUUUUAACAUCAUCUUGUUCGGUCAUCGCCUUCUCGAGCAGUGGGCUGUUGAUAUGUACAUAAAGAUGGAGACUAUGAGGCUUGAUUUCUAUUCAAAACCUCGGAAUCAGAAGCUCAUACGUGCCGAACUCUAUCAGGGUGUUGUUGAUGUCAUUGAGGUUGGCGAGACACGUGCUUCUCAUGUUGGCAAGAGAAUCGUUCUUCCACGUACUUUUCCUGGAGGUGAUAGAGAUAUGCAACGGCGAUUCCUUGAUGCGAUGGCUAUUGUGCAACGAUUUGGGAAACCAGAUUACUUCGUCACGAUGACUUGCAACCCGUACUGGGAGGAAAUAACUUCCAACCUUGCACCCGGGCAGACACCGCAAGACCGCCCAGACCUGGUGGCUAGGGUAUACAGGGCCAAGUUGAGAGAUAUGAAAGAUCUUUUGAUCAAGAAAAAAUACUUUGGCACGGUUGCUGCUUAUGUUCAUGUUACCGAGUUUCAGAAAAGGGGGCUACCACAUGAGCACUUCCUUUUGAUCAUGGACACAGAUAGUAAGCUAACAAACCCUGAUGGUUAUGACAGAGUCAUAUCGGCUGAGAUUCCUGACAAGGACGAGUACCCUAUACUGCAUGCUCUGGUGAUCAAACAUAUGCUCCAUGGACCAUGUGGUACUCUCAAGAAAAAAUAUCCUUGCAUGAUAGAUGGAGAAUGUCGUUUUCACUAUCCUCGACAGUUUUGUGCCGCUACGCAACAAGGAAAGGACUCAUAUCCGAUCUAUAGGAGAGAUGAUGGCCGACGCGUAAAAGUCAGGGGUGCUGUGUUGGAUAAUAGAUGGGUGGUCCCUUACAACCCUGGUUUACUUAUGCGGUAUAACUGUCACAUCAACGUUGAAGCUUGCUCAAGCAUCAAAGCUGUUAAAUAUCUUUUCAAAUACAUCUACAAAGGACAUGAUCGUGCAUCCUUCUCAGUUGAUUCUGCAGGAAAUGAUGAUAGUGUAAUAAAUGAGAUUCGGCAAUAUAGAGAUGCAAGGUUCAUAUCACCACCGGAGGCUAUCUAUAGGAUUUGUGCUUUCCCGAUGUUUGGUGUUUCGCCAGCUCUUCUUCAACUCCAGCUCCACUUACCCAAUAUGCAUACUGUUGCAUUCAAAGGGUCUGAUAACCUAGAGGAUGUCAUCACACGCCCGUCUUCUUCUAAAACUAUGCUGACGCAAUAUUUCAAGAUGAACCAGGAGGACCCUUAUGCAUGGAAUUUCUUGUACAAUGAGUUCCCGGAAUACUUUAGAUGGAUUAAAGGUAAAAAGAAGUGGCAAAGAAGAAAACAGAGGGGACGCGGACAAGUUGGUAGAAUUGUGUAUGCGAACCCUGCUGAAGGUGAGAGAUACUACUUGAGGGUGCUCCUAAAUCAUGUUAGAGGUGCAAUUUCAUAUGAGGACCUGAAAACUAUGCCUUCUGCUCUAAGAAGGCUUUUUGCGACUAUUUUGGUGUUCUGCGAGGCGACCAACAUCAAGGAACUAUGGGACAAACAACUGGAGGCGAUGACUGAGGAUUAUCGUCGUAUCCAGCCCAACCAAGCAGCAUUAGAGCAGAUGGUGCUUAGAGACAUCAGGGAUUUGAUUCAUUCGAUGGGUAAGGAUAUUAAAAGUUACGACCUUCCAGAGGUGGUUGAAACAGACGGCGAUCAUUCUAGCGACAACUUGAGAGAGGUUCGGGAGGAAUUGUCAGUCGGUGUGGACCAAGAUCAUCUAGAUUUGUUUACUUCUUUGAACACUGAGCAGCGAGCUGGAUUUGAUGAAAUAUUGGAUCACGUGGUCAACAAUAGGAGCCAAAUAUUCUUUGUUGAUGGUCCAGGUGGCACGGGGAAAACUUAUCUGUAUAAAGCACUUCUUGCUAGGGUACGUUCGCUUGGACAAAUAGCUAUUGCAACUGCUACAUCUGGUAUAGCUGCAUCGAUCAUGCCCGGUGGACGAACCGCCCAUUCCAGGUUCAAAAUACCGAUUAGGCUCACAGACAACAACAUGUGCAGUUUCACCAAGCAGAGUGGUACUGCGGAGCUGCUUCGUAGGGCAUCGUUGAUAAUAUGGGAUGAAGUUGCCAUGACAAAGCGUCAAGCAGUAGAGGCACUUGAUAGGUCACUACAAGAUAUCAUGGGAAGUGAUUUGCCUUUUGGGGGGAAGGUUGUUGUGUUUAGAGGAGAUUUUAGGCAGGUCCUUCCUGUGGUGACACGUGGGACAAGGGCACAGAUCACUGACGCAACACUACCGAGAUCUUAUCUAUGGGAGAAGAUAAGAAAAUACGACUGA